ACCCGGCGGCGUUGCGGCUCCGCUCGCUCCUGCGCCGCCACCCUCCGCCGCCGCCGCCAGCCGGGCCCGUCCGCGCCCGCCCGGUGCCCGCGCCGCCGCCCGCAUGGCGCUCCGCGGCUUCUGCAGCGCCGACGGCUCCGACCCGCUCUGGGACUGGAACGUCACCUGGCACACCAGCAACCCCGACUUCCCCAGGUGCUUCCAGAGCACCGUCCUGCUGUGGCUGCCGUGCCUCUACCUCUGGGCCUCCUUCCCCCUCUACUUCCUCUGCCUCUCCCGACAUGACCGGGGCUACAUCCAGAUGACACCCCUCAACAAAGCCAAAACCGCCUUGGGGUUCUUGCUGUGGAUCGUCUGCUGGGCGGACCUCUUCUACUCUUUCUGGGAAAGAAGUCGGGGUAUCUUCCUGGCCCCAGUGCUGCUGGUCAGCCCGACCCUCCUGGGCAUCACCAUGCUGCUUGCGACCUUUCUAAUCCAGCUGGAGAGGAGGAAAGGCGUUCAGUCCUCGGGGAUCAUGCUCACCUUCUGGCUCCUAGCCCUCCUGUGCGCCCUCGUCAUCUUGAGAUCCAAGAUCAUGAACGCCUUAAGAGAGGACGCGCAGGUGGACCGGUUCCGCGACACGACCUUCUACAUCUACUCCACCCUCGUGCUGGUCCAGCUCGUGCUGUCCUGCUUCUCAGACCGCCCGCCCCUGUUCUCCGAGACCAUCAACGACCCGAAUCCUUGCCCGGAAUCCAGCGCCUCCUUCCUGUCCAGGAUCACCUUCUGGUGGAUCACAGGGUUGAUGAUCCGGGGCUACCGCCAACCCCUAGAGGCCAGUGACCUCUGGUCCCUGAACAAGGAGGAUACGUCCGCUCAAGUUGUGCCUGUGCUGGUGAAGAACUGGAGGAAGGAGUUUGCCAGGUCCCGGAAGCAGCCGGUGAGGGUCACGUACUCCUCCACCAAGGACCCCGCCAAGGCCAGGGGCAGCUCCCAGGUGGACGUGAGCGAGGAGGCAGAGGCCCUGAUCGUCAAGUCCCCGCAGAAGGAGCGGGACCCCUCCCUGUUCAAGGUGCUGUACAAGACCUUCGGGCCCUACUUCCUCAUGAGCUUCUUGUUUAAGGCCAUCCACGACCUGAUGAUGUUCGCCGGCCCCGAGAUCUUGAAGCUGCUCAUCAGGUUCGUGAACGACGCGCAGGCCCCCGACUGGCAGGGCUACUUCUACACGGUGCUGCUGUUCGUGAGCGCCUGCCUGCAGACGCUGGUGCUGCACCAGUACUUCCACAUCUGCUUCGUCAGCGGCAUGAGGAUCAAGACCGCCGUCAUCGGCGCCGUCUACCGCAAGGCCCUGGUGAUCACCAACUCGGCCAGGAAGUCCUCCACCGUCGGGGAGAUCGUCAACCUCAUGUCCGUGGACGCCCAGAGGUUCAUGGACCUGGCCACGUACAUCAACAUGAUCUGGUCGGCCCCGCUGCAGGUCGUGCUGGCCCUCUACCUCCUCUGGCUGAACCUGGGCCCCUCUAUCUUCGCCGGGGUGGCUGUGAUGAUUCUCAUGGUGCCCUUCAACGCAGUGAUGGCAAUGAAGACCAAGACCUACCAGGUGGCCCACAUGAAGAGCAAGGACAACCGGAUCAAGCUGAUGAACGAGAUCCUCAACGGCAUCAAGGUGCUGAAGCUCUACGCCUGGGAGCUGGCCUUCAAGGACAAGGUGAUGGCCAUCCGGCAGGAGGAGCUGAAGGUGCUGAAGAAGUCUGCCUACCUGGCGGCCGUGGGGACCUUCACCUGGGUCUGCACACCUUUCCUGGUGGCCCUGUCGACCUUUGCUGUCUACGUGACGGUGGACAAGAGCAACGUCCUGGACGCCCAGAAAGCCUUCGUGUCCCUGGCGCUGUUCAACAUCCUCCGCUUCCCUCUGAACAUCCUCCCCAUGGUGAUCAGCAGCAUCGUGCAGGCGAGCGUCUCCCUCAAACGCCUGAGGAUCUUCCUCUCCCACGAGGAGCUGGAGCCCGGCAGUAUCCAGCGGAGGCCCGUCAAGGACGGCGGGGGGACGAACAGCAUCACCGUGAAGAACGCCACGUUCACGUGGGCCAGGGGCGAGCCCGCCACGCUGAACAGCAUCUCCUUCUCCAUCCCGGAAGGCGCCCUGGUGGCUGUGGUGGGCCAGGUGGGCUGUGGGAAGUCCUCCCUGCUCUCGGCGCUCCUGGCGGAGAUGGACAAGGUGGAGGGCCACGUGGCUCUGAAGGGCUCCGUGGCCUACGUCCCGCAGCAGGCCUGGAUCCAGAACCAUUCCCUCCGCGAGAACAUCCUCUUCGGGCGUCCGCUGCGCGAGCGCUACUACAAGGCCGUGGUGGAGGCCUGCGCCCUCCUCUCGGACCUGGAGAUCCUGCCCAGCGGGGACCGGACGGAGAUUGGCGAGAAGGGCGUAAACCUGUCCGGUGGCCAGAAGCAGCGCGUGAGCCUGGCCCGGGCCGUGUACGGCGACUCCGACAUCUACCUCCUCGACGACCCCCUCUCGGCCGUGGACGCGCACGUGGGGAAGCACAUCUUUGACAACGUGGUCGGCCCCAAGGGGAUGCUGAAGGGCAAGACGCGGCUCCUGGUCACGCACAGCGUCAGCUACCUGCCGCAGGUGGACGUCAUCAUCGUCAUGAGCGGGGGCAAGGUCUCCGAGAUGGGCUCCUACCAGGAGCUGCUGGCGCGGGAUGGGGCCUUCGCCGAGUUCCUGCGCACCUACGCCAGCGCCGAGCAGGAGCAGGCCGCGGAGGACGACAGGCUGACAGGCCUCGCUGGCCCCGGGGGUCCCGGGAAGGAGGCGAAGCACAUGGAGAACGGCGUCCUGGUGACCGCGGCGGGGAAGCCGCUGCAGAGGCAGCUGAGCAGCUCCUCCUCCCGCAGCGGGGACGUGAGCCGGCAGCAGGCCAGCACCGCCGAGCUGCAGCAGGCCGGCGCCAAGGAGGAGACCUGGAAGCUGGUGGAGGCAGACAAGGCCCAGACGGGGCAGGUGAAGCUGUCCGUGUACUGGGACUACAUGAAGGCCAUCGGGCUCUUCCUGUCCUUCCUGAGCAUCUUCCUCUUCCUGUGCAACCACGUGUCCGCCCUGGCUUCCAACUACUGGCUCAGUCUCUGGACGGACGACCCCAUUGUCAACGGGACCCAGGAGCACACCAACGUCCGGCUGAGCGUCUACGGGGCCCUGGGCAUCUCUCAAGGCAUCACCGUGUUCGGCUACUCCAUGACCGUGUCCAUCGGGGGCAUCUUCGCCUCGCGCCGCCUGCACCUGGAUCUGCUGCACAACGUCCUGCGGUCGCCCAUGAGCUUCUUCGAGCGCACGCCCAGCGGGAACCUGGUGAACCGCUUCUCCAAGGAGCUGGACACGGUGGACUCCAUGAUCCCGCAGGUCAUCAAGAUGUUCAUGGGCUCGCUGUUCAACGUCAUCGGCGCCUGCAUCAUCAUCCUGCUGGCCACGCCCAUCGCCGCCGUCAUCAUCCCGCCCCUGGGCCUCAUCUACUUCUUCGUGCAGAGGUUCUACGUGGCCUCCUCCCGGCAGCUGAAGCGCCUCGAGUCGGUCAGCCGCUCCCCCGUCUACUCGCACUUCAACGAGACCUUGCUGGGGGUCAGCGUGAUCCGGGCCUUUGAGGAGCAGGAGCGGUUCAUCCACCAGAGUGACCUGAAGGUGGACGAGAACCAGAAGGCCUACUACCCCAGCAUCGUGGCCAACAGGUGGCUGGCUGUGAGGCUGGAGUGUGUGGGCAACUGCAUCGUCCUUUUUGCCUCCCUGUUCGCGGUCAUCUCCCGGCACAGCCUCAGCGCUGGCCUGGUGGGCCUCUCGGUGUCCUACUCGUUGCAGGUCACCACGUACUUGAACUGGCUGGUCCGGAUGUCGUCCGAAAUGGAGACCAACAUCGUGGCAGUGGAGAGACUCAAGGAGUACUCGGAAACCGAGAAGGAGGCUCCCUGGCAAAUCCCGGAGACGGCGCCACCCAGCACCUGGCCCCACGAGGGCCGAGUGGAGUUCCGGGACUACGGGCUGCGGUACCGAGAGGACCUGGACUUGGUUCUCAAGCACAUCAACGUCACCAUCCACGGGGGAGAGAAGGUCGGCAUCGUGGGGCGCACCGGAGCCGGGAAGUCGUCUCUCACACUGGGCUUGUUCCGGAUCAACGAGUCUGCGGAGGGAGAGAUCAUCGUCGACGGCGUCAGCAUCGCCAAGAUUGGCCUUCACGACCUCCGCUGCAAGAUCACCAUCAUCCCCCAGGACCCCGUCUUGUUCUCGGGUUCCCUGCGCAUGAACCUGGACCCGUUCAGCCGGUACUCGGACGAGGACGUGUGGACGGCCCUGGAGCUGGCCCACCUGAAGAGCUUCGUGUCCGGCCUUCCCGACAAGCUGAACCACGAGUGUGCGGAAGGCGGGGAGAACCUGAGCGUGGGGCAGCGACAGCUGGUGUGCCUGGCCCGGGCUCUGCUGAGGAAGACAAAGAUCCUCGUGUUGGAUGAGGCCACGGCGGCCGUGGACCUGGAAACGGACGACCUCAUCCAGUCCACCAUCCGGACGCAGUUCGAUGACUGCACGGUCCUCACCAUCGCCCACCGGCUCAACACCAUCAUGGACUACACCAGGGUGAUUGUCCUGGACAGAGGAGAGAUGCGGGAGUGUGGCGCCCCCUCUGACCUCCUGCAGCAGCGAGGGCUCUUCUACAGCAUGGCCAGAGACGCCGGCUUGGUGUGA